UUCUGUGCAAUCUAUUUCUCCGAGCCUACAUAAACGGUCUACUGGCUGAUCAAAUGGGCCCACGAACCGUUUGGUUCCCCAAAAGAUUGGAGAAUGCUAUAUAAUUUUUGGUGGGUUUCCUCUACCAGCAUAUUCUGUUCCCGUGCAUAUAUUCUUGACAGGAAGAUAGAUUCAGACCUAUAUGCGCAUGUCAAAGCGUCCGGACGUUCGCAAGGAAUGGCCCACGAGAACUGCGUGCAUAAUGCGCACACGGAUCCCUGUAACAGUGCUUCACCCGUUCAGCAGUAUCGUGCUCAAUCGAAGACUGGUUACUGUGCAUCGGCUUCUUGUGACCCGCAUGUUGAGGACUUAUUGUCAAGCAGUGCCUCACCACUGACGAGCUCCGGGAAAGCUGUUGCUCAACAUUAUACUCAAAGUACGGCAGGGCAAUCUUUGUACAACAGUUCCACGUCCAACUAUCCGUACACCGUCGAUCCGCAAUUGCCCAGCUCAAUGCCACAUGCAACCGAUAUACCCCAUGAACAAGAACCUCCAUUCAACAAUUUUGAUGUAUCAGAAUCGCCAAUCCAAUGCCUGUGGAGCGACAGACAAGGCCAGUGCAGCUUUACUGCGACUACGGUCUCGACCAUGAUGAAGCAUAUAUCGGCGCACCAUCUACGUGAGCAUCAGCACCCUGAUUGCCACGUGCGAUGUCGAUGUAGAGGUUGCCUGCUCCAGAGGACCAUAAGACGAGACACAAUUCUCAGGCAUAUCCGCGAAAUACAUUAUGGGGACAAAUUUCGCCGCAAGCACUCUCCGUGAGUUUCAUUUGCAUCUGAAAGACUGAUCACUUUUGGGUCGCACUAUGUAAGAGGCACUUCUAUCAUUCCUUCUAGUAUACUCCUUCUGCUUUCAUAGCUAGCGUGUAUCUUAGUAGGACUUAUAUGACGUCCUGCUCGUUUUUUAUUCAUACAUUUUAUACAACUCUUCAUCGUACAUUUUUGCUUCAGCAUGUCAUAGUAAAACACCAGCCGCAUACGCUUUACAAGAGACACUAUUGUGAUGGACUUAUGAAUAUAGCUUACUCACAUUUUUUG